UUGACAUCUAGCGUUAGUUAGCCAUCUAGCUACCUAAUUACGUGCUUAGAUAUGACAUUGUUCGUUUUCUUUCUUUUUUUUAAACUUUAAAUGAUAUAUUUACAAACCUUAAAUACCUUAAUAUUUUUGUCAACAUGAAAAUCAGUUUUUAAAUAAAUAAAAUCUUAACCUUUUUCUGUUACAAUUUUCCCGGAAAAGUGGCGGACAACUAGCGAGAUUUGCUAGCUAGCUAAAUGAGUUGCUAGUUAGCAGCUAGCUAUUAGCAUUCGUGACGCCUUCCACAAAUAAAUGGAUCGAAAGAUGCUCAACUUGGCAAGAGCGAAAAAGAAACUUCGUUACUUCCGAGCAGAGGAAAAAACUCCGUGUGCACUUAAAGACGUCUACUCGCUACAUGACCUUGAUAAUAUCUUUGACGAUCUGGAUUCUCCAUCUGAAUCCGGUACGCCUCUGCUCUCCCCAUCGCCCAAGAGCGCUGGGUUAGUUGAACAAGUGAGUACAAGCCACUCACCAGAAAUGAAGCCACCCUCACCCUUCGGAGCAGAGGAACCAGAGGUAUUGGCACCAGAAAGUGACAUUCAGGAUGACCAUUUAAAUGAUAAAGAGAGUCCUUUUAAAGUGAUUGCUCCAAUUAAGACAUCCAGCCCUAUUAACAUGGCAGUAGUUGGAAGUGGAGCAAGGAAUCCAGAACAACCUGACCCAUCCCCUCUAGCAUUUCGUGGUGAGGAAAAGGAACCAGUAGAAGGUGACUUAAGGCUGCCUCCAUUCAAUCAGCUACUGAUGUCUCCUAAUAAACUCCUUCAAGGGGACAGUGAUGUCCUGGAGUCUCCACCAGCACGUUUAGACUUUGGAAAGCCUUCUAAUCUCGAUAUUGUUUCUGUCCCGAGCAGUACCCCUCUACAAUCCUCAACUCUACAAGACCGAGAAUACCAGACCACAGCACCAGAAAAGGGGGAAGAGUUGCAAGCAGACAGGAGCCCAAGCCUGCCACCAGCAGAGGUGCUUCAGGGAAGUCAUUCUGACCCCCUCCCACAGGAGCAGUGUAAAGACCAGGGCCAGGAAGUGAAGGUGGAUGCAGAGGUCAAAAAAUGGUCUUUCCAGCAACAGCUCAAAAAUGCCUUACAGCCUAAAGCCUCAUGUUUCAGAAAACCAGAAUCUCAGAAACGGCCAGUUCGAGCUCCUUCACCAAUUGAACUGGAUGAUUAUGAUGAUUUCAUGAUCCUGGAAGACGACACUCCCAUCUUGUUCACCAUUCCGAGGAAGUCGGAGAGUAGCCAGAAAGGGAAAAUGGCACCAGAGGUCCGUAAGUCCAAUCCUACAAAGGUGUCUGAGGUGAAGCAGGCUGCUCUAAAGCCAACAGAUGAGGCAAAGAGCUGUAAAGAUGAACCUCGUGCUCCCAAGCUGCCAACCUUGAAGAAGGGUGGAAAAACAUGCAGUAAAAACACAGGGACUGUGGCUCAGGAAGCUUUGGCAGAGAGUGUGGAGUCUUUAGGAGCCAAUGAAGAAGUGGCAGUUUGUGAACAGAUCUCCUGUCCAUCUCCACAGGCCACCCAAGAUGCUGAUUUGCCUAAUACAGGUAAACAAAGAACAAGAAGCAAAGCCAAUCCUGAUCAGGUUGGAAGCAAAGAUGGAAAAAAGGAUGUCCAGGUCAAAUCUCCAGGUCAAAAACCUUCAAGGAAGAAAUCUGCCAAAUUAACUUCUGAUACCAGUACCAGGAAAGAACCUGAGACAAAUGUGAAGAAAAAAAACACCACGGCCAGAUCUACAAUAAAAAUAAGUGGCCCUCUCUCCACAUCGUUAGUCACAGCAAAACUAAUGAAGCAUGGCAAAAACAGGUCUACUGUACAGACAGAGACAUUGUCUAAAGACAAGGAGCAGGAGGACAAACUCCAUGACCACAAUGAAUCAGUUUUGAACACCAGAGAGCCACAGCAGCGGAAAAGCACUAUUGAAGCAGAUAAGAAAGCAAGCAAGCAGCCAACCACGAAGCAAGCAGCUUCAGAGAGGUUAACAAAGGUCACGAAGGUGAAGACAAAAGAAGACUUGAAGCGAACGCAGUGCACUGUGCCUGAGUGUGACUUUUCUACAGAGGGUCCUGCGACUGGCAGGAGGAAGAGGAAACCACCUGGGGAGUGGUGGCUUGCCCCCCAAAGUGAAAGCCUCACCCGGGAGCAAGAGGAGGUUGUUCAUCAGUCUUUACAGUUAAAAUCCCACAAGAAAGUAAAGAGGAAAGAAAUACCCUCAAGACCAGCUGACUCUGCCAAGGACCCGUUUCCUAGGACUGUUCGGGACAGCCCGACAGGGCCACAAAACACUGUGGCUGGUGGGAAAGUGGCCAAAAAGGGAAAGAAGCCUCAUGCUGAUGAACUGAAGUCCAACUCUGCGGGUCACCAGAAAAAUCCUAAGAGAGCACAUGGCAAACGUAAACCCAAGAUGGUGACUGCAAACCAAUGUGCAGCUCCAGCUAAAAUGAUUUCGAUGACACCAGCUCCUGUUGUUGGAGAAGAGGUGGAGGGUUGUGCGGCUCUUGAGCAGCUCAGUUCAGUGGCGGGCAGUACUCCAUUUAGACAACCAAGCCUUACUCCAGGAAGGAUGUUUGAUCAGAUUUACACACGGGAUAAUCAGAGUGGAGCUGCUCAGAAAUGUCGCCAAUCUCCACUCCAUGGACCAGAGACUGUUCCAGGGAAAAGGCAGAGAAAAGCCCCUGGCACAUGGUGGGAGGUGCUGCCUUCUCAGACAUCUCCUGACAGCUCUUGUCCACCUCUGAACUGCUCUCUGUCAAAGCCCAUACCACAGAAGGACCAUCGCCGUGGCACCAGUGUUGUCAGUUCCCAGAAGAUGCCAGUUCGUGCUCAGAAAACAAAUAAAAGAAGUAUGAUCAAUACGCCAAAGUCAGUGAGAAGGUCCUUGGCCACGUUUAACUCCAUAUUGGCCUCGGCAAAAGCUGAGGCUUCCAUAGUGAGGGGUCUCAGACGAAAGGGCUGCAGGAACCUGCUCCACUCGCUCGAGGAACAGUCGGAGCACUCAAGUGAGAUUGUCCACAGCGAUGGUCCACAAAAUGCAAGCGGCAACGCUACCUAUGAUGUCUGUGUCAGUGCUGUCACCAUGGAGCCUGUUACUGGCAGAAAGAAAAUGGAUGCUAGGUUAUCAGCUGGGUCCAGAGUGUCUGAUCAUGACAUUGGUUUCAAAAGUGGACCUUCAUCAAUGAUUGAGCUUGAGAGAUUCGAAGAGGAAGAGGAUUCUGACUUGCCGUCAUCUCAAAUAAUUCGUCAUUUGCGACAUGUACCACGGGUGCUGGCAGACUGUGAUCUGUGUGGCCCCCCACUGCGACCCAUCGUUUUGGAGCCUGAAGACUGGGACAACCUCUGUGUCUGGCUCUCGCAUCUUUGGCCUUCGUCUUCUAAAAAUGGCCGAGUCAUUAGCCCUGAUGACUUCCACUGGCAUGCUUAUGGGGGAAGAGGAAUGGGUCAUACGGUGGACCUUCAGAACAACACUUUCUCCAAUGGCAAGAUUUUGCUGGGGUCGUUUAUGAAGAAACCUCCGCAGGUGGAUCUUAAUGCAGUGACUGUAUUUAACGUAGUGUCAAGUUGUGUGCGGGUAGAAAUUGAUGGCAUCAUGACAGUAUACAACUCUGGGCAAACAUUUGUGACACCUUGUGGGCAAUCCUACAGCAUUCACAACAUCUGCCGUGAACCUGCUAUAUUGUGGUACAACAGGAUGCUGCCUAAUCAUUCAAGAAACUGACCAACCAAGAUACAGGCACUGAUCAUGGCUUCUGGUCAUGUGUUUGUAGAUGAUGUUUGGACAUCAAUCUGUAAAUAUACAUUUUGUUUUUAAAGUCAUGGAUUUAGAAGGACCUUAAAUGUCUUGCUAAUGCCUUUUGAUUUGCAGUUUUGAUUGUAUUUUUAUGUAAAUAGAAUUGUAGUAGCUUCAGGAACUGAGGACAGACUGAUUAUCAUUGUUGUAAAAAGAAGAAAGAAGCUAUUUAAUGUGCUUUGUCCAAUUUUUAAUAUGCAAGGUGUAUUAGUAUAAAACAUGUUCCCAUGUACCCAUUAAUUGUUUCUUAAAUAAUUUCAAAUAAAUCGUAAGUGGUCAGUAGGGGGCAGAAUUUCAUAAUGUAAGGUAUGCAUUUGAUAAUGUAAGGUAUACAUCUGUCUUUGUCCUUGUUUGAAGGUAGAAAAAGAGAGAAAUUUGCUGUGAAAAGCUGUUACUUUGCUAAAUGACCAUUCUGGAUGAAUACGUGAUGGAGGGCAAACCAUGUUUAACUGAUGCCAUCAUCCUGUUAAGUGUGGGUCCUCUUUAAAAGCAUCUUUAAUGAUGAACAGAUUACUCAGUUGUGUUCAUCUUUAGCAGUCUCCUUUGCUGAAUCAAGCCAUAGACUAAAUUAAAUAUAGUCAGUUUAAAAUGUUUCUAACUUACUUUAGGAGAAUUCUUAAUCUUUUAAUUAUACAGUGUGUUUAUAGCUUCAAAUGUAUAGUGUAAACACGUGAAUAAAUGAAGGAGGUGGACAAGUUCUUUGAUCACCAACAGAUCUCCCUGCUGAAUAAGACAGAUGUCCCAAUUCCAGAAUUGGAAACAGCAAUCACUUAUAAUAACAUCCUCUUACAUUAGUGGUCAAUGGAAUUAUGCACUUUAAUAUAUUAGUCAUCUCUCUUCAAUGAAGGACUGUCCAAUUUGUUAAGUGUGCAGAUAUCGUAUCUAUUUAGACCAAUGACCUAAGCAAGCUCUGUAGAAUAUACUUAGGAAAUAUAUACAUAUAUUUUAAACCACACUUCACAGUUUUUAAUGUUGCUAUAAUAGACCAGUAUCCAUUGUGUAAUAAAGGUAAGACAAUUCCUCUCACUUGGUAUUUAUCAGCAGGGU